AAACAAUCUGGAACGCAGGGACUUUUCUCAGCUUGUUUACCCCUCUGCCCCUCCCCCACCAUCGCUGUUUUUAUAUGUACCACACCCAAAGCAAAGACUCGCUCCUGCAGCCAUCCACCACUUAGAUACGCGUGCCCUUACGACUUACCCGACAUAGAGCCAAACCUUGCACCUCUUGCAAUACCCUACCCCCUCAAGUUCACGUUUUUCAUUCUUUGCUCUUCAUCGUCAGAUUCAGGAUUCAAUAUACAAACAUGGCCCCCACCAACAAGGUCUUCUCCCUCGAGGGGAAAGGUCUGAAGCUGGACACGGCCGAGGACCUGGAGCCCCAUAUCGCCGAGCUUCGCGCCAUGGAAGAUGUCGAGGAGGUCCAUCUGCUUGGUAACACACUCGGUGUCGGCGCAUGCAAACUGCUUGGAGAGGUGCUUGCGACCAAGAAAACAUUGCGCGUUGCCAACCUCGCCGAUAUCUUCACCGGUCGCCUCCUCAACGAAAUCCCAGAGGCCCUUUCCUCCCUCCUUACCUCCAUCUUGAACCUCCCCAAGCUCAACACCAUCAACCUCAACGACAACGCUUUUGGCCUCAACACACAAGCGCCACUCGUCGCCUUCCUCGCCGCGCACGUCCCCUUGCAGCACCUUUACCUCAACAACAACGGCCUGGGCCCCCACGCCGGUAUCCUGAUCGCCGAUGCGCUCUCGGAGCUCCACGCAAAGAAGGAGGAGGCGCGCAAGCAAGGACAAGAUGUGCCCGACCUCGAGACAGUCAUCUGCGGUCGCAACCGGUUGGAAAACGGCAGCAUGACCGCCUGGGCCAAGACUUUCAGCCUGCACAACAAGGUCAAGGAAAUCAAGAUGGUUCAGAACGGCAUUCGGCAAGAGGGUAUUUCGCAUCUGCUUAGCGAGGGUCUGCGUCACACUUCGGAGCUCAGAGUGCUGGACCUCCAGGACAACACAUUCACCUUGAAGGGCGCCAAGGCUCUGGCCAAGGUUGCGCCCGGCUGGACUGAGCUUCUCGAGUUGGGCGUCGGCGACUCUCUUCUCAGCGCCAAGGGCAGUGUGCUUUUGGGCGAGUCCCUCGCUCAGGGCAAAAAUAGGAACCUUGAGAUUCUGCGCCUGCAGUACAACGACAUUACCGCCGCUGGUCUCAAGAGCCUUGCCGAGGCUGCGAAGGAGGCUCUCCCCGCGCUCAAGAAGAUUGAGCUCAACGGCAACAAGUUCACCGAGGACGACGAGUCGGUUAUCCUCCUGCAGGAGCUGUUGGAGGAGCGCAAGGAGAAGUUUGGCGGCGACAUUGUCGUUGAGGACGACUGGGGUCUUGACAGCCUGAGCGAUCUCGAGGAGCUGGAUUCUGAUGAGGAGGAAGAAGAGGAGGAAGAGGAAGAGGAGGUUGAGGAGCGGGCCGAGAAGCUCAUCAAGGAGGCCGAGGAGGCUCAGGAGGAGCCAGUCGUCCAGCUCAAGGACAAGGAGGUGGACGAGUUGGCGAGCAAGCUUUCCAAGGCUACGAUCUAGGCCUGGGGGGGUUAUAAACAAAAACAAAAACAAAACAGAAAGAAAUAAAGGAGUAUUGACCUCUAGACGAGGUGCUGUUUUUGCCCAUGAUUUACCACGAUACCCGAAGAGGAGAAGGUUGUUGGUCUUGACAAAUGGGACGCAAUUGGGAUGGUUUGUUACACUAGAAUUGAAGCGUUUGUUCUUGUCUGGCAGUACUGUCUGAGGGUAGAGUUUAGGUAUACAAUACAAACCCCUUUAUUGAAUG